AAGCCGCUCUCCCGGCUGCCCGCGGUGUUUUGCUUUCGCUUCCACGUGACCUAAGACUCGCCGCGGAUUGGGCCCGGGGCGCCCCGCCCCCUGGGCCCGAGUCCCGAAUAGGUUUCCCGCGGGGCCGCGGCCGGGUUGAGAGCGCGGACCAUGCAGGCGGUGGCAGCGGCCGCGGCGCUGGCGUUCCUGCUCCUGCUCCUGGCGGGGGCCUCGGCCGGGGACGAGGCCCGAGAGGCGGAGGCCGUGCGGGCGCUGCUGGCCCGACUGCUGGGACCCGGGCCGGCGGCCGCCUUCUCGGUGUCGGUGCAGCGCGCCCUGGCGGCCGAGUCCGGCCUGGACACCUACCGCCUGAGCGGCGGCGGCGGGGCGCCAGUGCGGGUGCUCGGCUCCACGGGCGUGGCGGCCGCCGCCGGCCUGCACCGCUACCUGCGCGACUUCUGCGGCUGCCACGUGGCCUGGUCGGGCUCUCAGCUGCACCUGCCGCAGCCGCUGCCCGCCGUGCCCGACGCGCUGACCGAGGCCACGCCCAACAGGUACCGCUAUUACCAGAACGUGUGCACCCACAGCUACUCCUUCGUGUGGUGGGACUGGGCCCGCUGGGAACAGGAGAUUGACUGGAUGGCACUGAACGGCAUCAACUUGGCACUGGCCUGGAGCGGCCAGGAGGCCAUCUGGCAGCGGGUGUACCUGGCCUUGGGCCUGACCCAGUCAGAGAUUGAUGAGUACUUCACUGGCCCUGCCUUCCUGGCCUGGGAACGCAUGGGCAACCUGCACACCUGGGGUGGCCCCCUGCCCCACGCCUGGCACCUCAAGCAGCUUUACCUGCAGCAUCGGAUCCUGGACCGGAUGCGCUCCUUCGGCAUGAUUCCUGUGCUGCCUGCAUUCGCAGGGCAUGUCCCCAAGGCUAUAACCAGGGUGUUCCCCCAGGUCAAUGUCACCCAGAUGGGCAGCUGGGGACACUUCAACUGCUCCUACUCCUGCUCCUUCCUUCUGGCUCCCGAAGACCCCCUGUUCCCUGUCGUGGGGAGCCUCUUCCUGCGGGAGCUGACCAAGGAGUUUGGCACAGAUCACAUCUACGGGGCCGACACGUUCAAUGAGAUGCAGCCCCCAUCCUCAGAGCCCUCCUACCUCGCCGCAGCCACUGCCGCAGUCUACCAGGCCAUGGUCGCAGUGGACCCUGAUGCCAUAUGGCUCCUCCAAGGCUGGCUCUUCCAGCACCAGCCCCAGUUCUGGGGUCCACCCCAGGUGGAGGCCGUGCUCAGGGCAGUGCCCCGCGGCCGCCUCCUCGUUCUGGACCUGUUUGCUGAGAGCCAGCCCGUGUACGUCCGCACAGCCUCCUUCCAGGGCCAGCCCUUCAUCUGGUGCAUGCUACAUAACUUUGGGGGCAACCACGGCCUGUUUGGGGCCCUGGAGGCCGUGAACCGAGGCCCCGCAGCCGCCCGCCUCUUCCCCAACUCCACCAUGGUAGGCACGGGCAUGGCCCCUGAAGGCAUUGGCCAGAACGAAGUGGUCUAUGCCCUCAUGGCUGAGCUGGGCUGGCGCAAGGGCCCAGUGGCAGAUCUGGGGGCCUGGGUGACCAGCUUUGCAGCCCGGCGGUAUGGGGUCUCCCACGAAGGCACAGAGGCAGCGUGGAGGCUGCUUCUCAGGAGUGUCUACAACUGCUCCGGCGAGGCCUGCAAUGGCCACAAUCGCAGCCCGCUGGUCAAGCGGCCAUCCCUACAGAUGGUAACCACUGUCUGGUACAACCGAUCGGAUGUGUUUGAGGCCUGGCGGCUGCUGCUGACAGCCACCCCCACCCUGGCCACCAGCCCAUCCUUCCGCUACGACCUGGUGGACCUCACUCGCCAGGCAGUCCAGGAGCUGGUCAGCUUGUACUAUGAGGAGGUGAGGACCGCCUACCUGAACAAGGAGCUGGUCCCCCUGCUGAGGGCGGCAGGCAUCCUGGCCUACGAGCUUCUGCCCUCCCUGGACAACAUACUGGCUAGCGAUAGCCACUUCCUGCUGGGCAGCUGGCUGGCGCAGGCCCGGGCAGCCGCGGUCAGUGAGGCCGAGGCUCAUUUCUAUGAACAGAACAGCCGCUACCAGCUAACCCUUUGGGGGCCAGAGGGCAACAUUCUAGACUACGCCAACAAGCAGCUGGCAGGACUGGUGGCCGACUACUACACCCCCCGCUGGCGACUCUUCCUGGAGACGCUGGUCGAAAGCCUGGUCCGAGGCAUCCCCUUCCAGCAGCACCAGUUUGAGACGCAUGCCCUCCAGCUGGGGCAGACCUUUGCCCUCAGCACACGGAGGUAUCCCAGCCACCCCCAAGGCGACACUGUGGACCUGGCCAAGAAGCUCUUCCUCAAAUAUUACCCCCGGUGGGUGGCUGGCUCCUUGUGACAGAUUAACCACCCCUGGGCCAUGUUCUCCCCACAUUCCAAGCCUGGGCAGGUUCCGGGGGUCUGGAGCUGGGCAAGCAUCACUGGAGGUCCCCAAUCCUGGGCGAAGGGACUCAAGACCUGCCGGUCGGAUCGAGGUUAGGGGAUUUGGGGGGAAGUGAGCUGCCCUCCACCACCCCAAAUUCGGGACCAAAGUACUGUUUUAAUACAACUUAAUAAACUGGUGAAUCACCUGG